CUUGGUCCGGCCUGCGUUGCAUGGGAGCCGGACGCAUCCCGGCCCAGCCCGACCUGACCCGACCCCCGGAUCCCGAGCCAGCGCCAGGCGGCGAACACAAGCACGACCCGCUGCCAGGAGGGACUGACUGUGAGCUUCUGCCUACGGAACUAAAGAUUUUUCAUAAAUUGAUAGUUCUGACAACCAAGUAAAUGGCAGCUGCAGAUGAUUUGCAGUUCCAAGAGUUCGAUGAUGCCACAAACCUAUUGGCAGCAAAUCCUGAUGCCACAACGAUAAGCAUCGCAGAUCCCAAUGAUAAACCUAAAAAUCAGAGAGGUCCAUCAGAUGAGGUAGGAAGAGAUGAGGAUGAAGAUUUGCUGGGGAAUGAAGACUCUGACAAGGCAGAGUUACUUGCAGGACAAAAGAAGAGUGCCCCCUUUUGGACUUUUGAAUAUUAUCAAACAUUUUUCGAUGUUGACACCUUCCAGGUAUUGGACAGAAUAAAAGGUUCCCUUUUACCACUUCCUGGCAAAAACUUUGUAAGAUUAUAUAUCCGCAGUAAUCCAGAUCUUUAUGGUCCCUUCUGGAUCUGUGCCACUCUGGUGUUUGCAAUAGCAAUAAGUGGAAACCUUGCAAAUUUCUUGACUCAUCGUGGCCAGCGUGGUUAUCGUUAUGUACCUGAGUUCCAUAAAGUUUCUAUAGCAGCUACAGCAAUCUACACCUAUGCCUGGCUCAUUCCUCUUGGACUCUGGGGCUUUCUGAUGUGGAGAAACAAUAAAGUGAUGAACAUUGUCUCAUAUUCAUUCUUGGAGAUAGUGUGUGUCUAUGGAUACUCGCUAUUUGUUUACAUUCCUACUGCAAUGCUGUGGAUUAUUCCAAGUGAGAUAGUACGUUGGCUGACAAUAGUACUGGCCAUGUGCCUUUCAGGCACCGUACUAGUGAUGACCUUUUGGCCAGCUGUCCGGGAUGAUAACCGGAGAAUUGCCAUAACGACUAUUGUAGUUAUUCUGAUCCUUCAUGCCCUGCUUGCAGUUGGCUGUAAGGCCUAUUUCUUUGAUCCACCAGAAAAAGUCAAGCCUUCUCCUCUUGUCUCCACAACUAUUACUCCAACUCGUAAUGGAACUCUUUUGGCAAACCACAGUGCAUAACUUGUCAGAUUUGUUCACUGAUGUCUUUGUAUGCGGAAAGGCUCUUCAAACGAAACAGCCAGUAUAACUACAAAGAAAUAUGCUGAUUUAUCUAACCAUUGUAGAGCUCCAAACCAAUUAAAUCAGGUUUUGGGAUCCUU